GAAGUUCCAUAGUUUAACUUUUAGCUCAACUGUUGGACACUUUUAGACCUCUGCAAAUGUACGCACCGCCAGUGGAUUUGUCUUUUAAUGAAAUAAGCAGCCUGACAGAUGCACUCUCUAAGGUACCCCGCAGAGGCCGGCGCCCCUUAAAGCCUAACUCCCAGGGCAAGUACCUGAGCCGUUCUCUGCGUCUCAGCAACAACAGCAUCGCUGAUGUGUCCAACCUCCAGUGUGUCCUCAGCCAUUUCCUGGUUCAACCCACAAGCAUCGGCUGGCUGGACCUAUCAUUUAACAAAAUAACUUCCAUAAACAUAGUUCUGAGUGAGCUGCAGGAACUGCGUGUGCUGUAUCUUCAUGGUAACAAAAUCAGUAACCUGGCAGACGUUGACAUACUUGGACAACUGAUGAAUCUGCACACAAUCACCUUGCAUGGAAACCCCAUAGCAUACAUGGAAGACUACAGGAAUCGUGUGAUUUUCACUUUGCCUCACCUGAAGAGGAUGGAUUUCAGUGCCGUGACACCCCAGGAUCACAUCUGGGCAAAUGAUUUGAGCUGCCGCCUAAAGAGAAGAUCAAGCACAUGAACGAUCUUGUCAUUAUUCGAAGCUUGUCUUAAAUAAAAUGCAGAUAGAAGUAC